UUAGAACUGUCCAAAAAUCGUUAUCAUAAAUCAAAAUCAAAGAAUCAAUCUAGAAAAUUUCAUCUGUGACUUUUUCACAGCUGAUUGUUUUGAUCGCCGAGUUUUCAUUUUCCCUCCAUUACGCAAAACUGAGAAAUCUGAUCUGAAUCAUUGAAAAUUCGAGAUAUUUUGACGUUUCGCUCGCUUUCGUUCGUAAUCUUAAUUUAUUUUCGUGAUUUUCGUAUUAUCAGGUUGAAUUCUAUUUAUAUUUUAUCAACAUUCCAUCCUAUUGUUAAAUUAUCGAAUGAUGAAAACCGAAAAACUCAAGACCAAAGAGGUUUUUAAGGAUAUGAAUAACACCACGACGGGAGUCAGUCAGGGCAAAAAGCUCACUGUUGGAAUCAAAACCGAAGCAUGCGGCGAUAAAGAGAAUCUGGUCAAGAAGACCAAGAUAUCGUACGAUACCGGGGAUGCUUUAAAAGUUCCACCUUGUAUGCCCGAACUGGGCGAGUCGACGAAGGAAAAGGCAAAGGUACCGGAAAUCAGCGAAUCCAUCAAAGAGAAAACAAAAUCAUUCGAAUUGCCAGAGUUCACGAAAGAGAAAAAGAAACCUAUCGAAGAACCGAAUGAAAUGUGUAAAAAGAUCACCGCUGAAGAUCUAACUUCUUCAAAUCCUAGUGAUAUAUACUGGAAAACGUUGGCCGAAAAGAGGCUGGUAGCUUUACACGAAGCGUUAGAUGAAAAUUCCACCUUACAUGAAAAAAUAACUAAAUUGCAAGAUGAAAAUUCAACGUUGAAACAAGCUCUAGCCGAGGCGACCGAUGUGAUCGAACUUUUAAACGAAAUGGUCAAAGAGAAUGAUGAAGCCGAAGGUGAAGCUGAGGAAUCACACGAGUCUUCUGACGAAGAGAAAACCAGUCAGGGGACUAGUAGUAAAGAUAAAUCACCCGUUAAAGCUUUCGAAGAUAGUACAAUACUUGAAGAAGAUUCUGAUUCUUCUGUAGAUUAGGUUUUUUUUUUCAAUAUAGGUUUAGGUUUUUUUUUUUGGCCAUGUUAUUUGUGGUUCAAAAUUUUUUUUGGUCGAAAGUUUUCGUCAUUAGAAAUUUUUAAGUAAGUUUGCUGUUCAUAUUUUUACGAUUAUUUUUAGUUGACUUUAUAAAUGUUUUAAUGUACGUGUUAAUAUUCUUUAGGUAGCUUAAUUUUAUGUAAGGAUAUCUUUACCUUGAGAGAAAUUAAAAUUUUUUUGUACUGAAUUAAUUAAA